AUGCAUAAUCACAACCACCUUCAACCACCACCCACCACCAUUUCCUCCGCCGCCACCACCACCAGCAUUUGCCGCAGCAUAACUUUUUCAACACCCUUUAUCCUCUUAAUCNCCCCCCCUUCCAUUGCUUACCUCAUCUCAGGUUCUACUAAAGACUCUUCAAGAAUCCUUAGAUUACUAUUUUCCAUUUACCAUCCAAAAAACCAAUAUUUAAUCCAUCUUGAUAAAAAAACUUCUAAAUCAGAACUUAAUAAUUUAGCACUUUCUGUUCAGUCAGUGCCAGUUUUUAAAGCUGCCCAAAAUGUUAAUGUUAUUGGAAAAGCUGAUUUUAGAUACAAAAUUGGGAGUUCUGCAUUGGCUGCUACACUACAUGGGGCUUCUAUUCUGUUGAAACUUUCAAAAUCUUGGGAUUGGUUUAUUAAUCUUUCUGCUGCUGAUUAUCCACUUGUUACUCAAGAUGAUCUUCUUCACAUUUUAUCAUAUCUGCCCAAGGAUCUUAAUUUUGUCAACCACUCGAGCUACAUUGGUUGGAGAGAGUCAAAGAAGUUGAAGCCGAUAGUUGUUGAUCCCGGGCUUUAUCUUGCAGAGGAAAGUGAAGUAUAUUAUGCCACUCAGAAAAGGGAACUGCCAGAUGCUUAUCGAUUAUUCACAGGAUCAUCAUCAGCUAUAUUGACUCGGAAGUUUAUCGAGUACUGUAUUUUAGGCUCAGAAAAUCUCCCUAGAACUCUGUUAAUGUACUUGUCAAACUCACCAUCAUCAGAAUCUGUUUAUUUCCCGACCAUUUUGUGCAACUCGCGGAAAUUCAAUAGAACGGCAAUCAACCACAAUAUGCUCUAUGCUUCUUUUAACUCCAGAUCACAAGCUCGCCGGCUCAACUCCAGUGACUUCAAUGACCUGUUGACAAGUGGAGCGGCAUUUGCCUCACCAUUUAAGGUAGACGAUCCGGUUCUUGAUCAAAUUGACCAUGAACUUCUCCACCACAAUCGUGACGAACCAGUGCCGGGUGGAUGGUGUUUAGGUGACAGUGAAACUAACAAAUGUAGCGUUUGGGGAGACGCUGAAAUCCUAAGACCCGGUCCAGGAGCAAAGAGGCUUGAAAAACAUUUUCUUGAGCUUUUUUCUAAUGGAUCAUAUUUGUCUGAUCAAUGUCAAUAUGAGAAGAGCUCCUCCUGAUGAUAAACAUAGCAAAGGAAGAGACCAAGAGAUGAAUACGACAACAACAACAACAAUUACACAUCAGUCCCAAACAAGUUUGAGUCGACUAUAUGAAGUCACUAGCAAAAUAGACAGAAGAUAUGACAUGAGCUACUCAUUGAACCACUUGAAAUAUUAAUAUUUUUUUGUGUAUCAUUGUCAGGUAGCCAAUUCUUUGAUUGGAAGCUGAUGGUUGUAUAUUGAACUUUUUCAGAGUAAGAUUAUAUAUAAUUUAUUGAAUUGGGCAA